AUGUCGGUGGAGGUACAAACGAGCACGGAGAACAGUCCAACCAUGUCGUCAGAAGUACGUUCAUACCUCAAAACUUUAAUUGUAAAUUCUGUUUAGGCUAAUUGCACACCAUUGUCAAUUCAUCGCUUCGAAGAUUUGAAUGACAAAUUUAAAGAGAAACUGAACGAAGCUUUGAACGAACGUGACGAAAUGUGGAGAAAACACGAAAAGGAACAGAUCGCUUAUGUUCAACAACAAACAAGUCAAAUGUUGGCGAGGUUGCAUAACGAAAUUGAGCGAUUAGUCAACAAAAACAGAGGUAUUAUAAUAACUAUACUUUUUACAAAGUUGUAGCAAAAAAAAUUUCGUAAAAUAAAAAUACAAAAAAUGAAAAAUGAAAAAAAAACUGCCAAAGUAACACAAGUUUUUAAGAAUUUAAGGCUAAAAAACUGUUUUCAAAAAUUUAAGACAAUAAAAAUAAUUUCAGAUUUGGAAAGAUGUCUUCACAUAGGCAAUAUCGCUGAUCCAGAAGAAAUCGAAGAACUUGAAUCCAAAGUCGAAACCCUCCAGAAACAAAACAAAACUAUGAAGAAAGACUUGAGUGCUUCUGAAGACAGAAACAAAGCUUUGGCUAAAACAUUGGAAGAAACAGCACGUGUGUACAAAGACCAGGUUUUUGAACAUGUAAGUUAGUUAAUGAAUAAAUAGUAUAAAUAUAUACUUUUUAUCAUAAGUCAGUUGCUUGGUUUACAUUUUAUAGGGUAAUAUAGCUUAUCAGGAUUAUAAACCACAACAAAUCUAUAAUUAGUUAUAAUCACGUUUACAGGAGAACAAAAUUAGACAAUUAACUCAUGAGCUUGACCAACGAACCUUAAGUAUGACACAGCUGUCGACUCAAGUAAGUUAUACGUAUAUAAACCUGUAAAGUGCCUACAAUAACCUUUCCUUUUUUACAACAUUUUGAUGGUGUCUCAAAAAAAACCUUUGUCAAUCUCAAUAUCUAAAAUUAAACACCAUUCAAAUAUAAUCUCGAAUUCAGAUCCGAAACUACAAACUCCGUGAAGCGAUGGCCCAAGCCCAACAAAGACGUCGCGCUUCCUGUAUAGAUCCACCAAGUACAACAACAUCGGUCACUCUACCUUCACCUGUCAAACCUAAAGCUUUCAGACUAUUUGGAGCUGCCCAAUCUCUAGACAACAGUAGAAACAAAGCGUCAGAAGAACGCGGGUUAAAAGCACCAACUGUAUCCAGCGUGCAGAAACUGCCUUACAUUGGAAGGUAAUGAUGUUUUCUUUGAUACUAGACUGAAAUAUACUGUUAAACGUUUGUAGUAAAGUAAGAAAAGAGCAUGAUGACUUAAAAUUUUUAUUAGCAUAGCAAUGUGCUAAUAGCAUUUUAAAAACUUCUUUUUGGGCCAAAUUUUCUUAAAAAUCCCCCGAAAAGCCGAAAAGAGCUUUUCUCUGCUUCUCUUCCACUGUUUCGCGCUCUCUUCUCUUUCGCAUAAGGCGCAUCCCAGUCCAAAAGCCAAUGACGAUUUUAUCCCUUUCAACGAGCCACCGGCUCAUAAACUUACCUGGCUGGGAGAGCGGCACGAUCAAGAAGGUGUCGCCUCCAUGGUGAGGCCCUCCCAUUGCACUUUAGGGACGGGUUGACCUGUGUGGCAGCUCCGAGUUGGGGUUGGCCAACAGCUAAAUUUUUGCGUUUGAGGUCUUCGGACCUCUUAUAUUGUAAUUGAGUGUUAAAGAACACUGUAAAUUUUAAUUUUCUAUUUUAACAAAAACCUUUACAAAACAAACAGUAUAAUUAAUAAAACGCUUAAUCAAGGAUAAUUUAUAAUAAAAACAAAAUGCAUUAAUUAAAAUUCACAAACAACAAUUUUUAGCCCUCGGCGAACUGACAACUAUAACAGCAUCGAAAAGCCAGUACCAUCGAUGGUACGUUCUAUGUCAGCUGGAAUACCACCGACAAAACCACAUCUUCUUCAUGCUCUAAGAAAUGCUCACCAUCUGACCACCAGUUCAAGUUUUGAUUCCAAUAGCUAA